ACUGUGACGUCACGUAAAAUAGGCUGACGACAUCUUUUUAGACUUCGCAAUAAAAUGAUUUUCCCUAGAUUUUCAUAGUGACUCUACAAUAUAUUGUGUUUUAGAACAAUUGUAGACGCUAAAUUAGAACAGUGCUGUGUUAGUUUCGCUGAAUGCGAUGGGUUUCUUAUAAUUUUUGUGACAACGAGUGAUGAAGGCAAAAGAAAAUGGCUACCUUCGAACGCAUGUUGUUAGCCAGAAAACAUGUAAUUAUAGCUGAAAAAUACAACGUUAUUCGCAAGAUCGGCGGUGGAAGCUUUGGGGACAUCUUUUUAGCUAUAAAUAUCAACGAUGGCGAGGAGGUAGCAGUCAAAGUAGAAUCUAUAAAGGCGCGACAUCCGCAGCUUCUCUAUGAGAGCAGAGUGUAUAAGAUGCUCCAAGGGGGCAUCGGCAUACCACACAUAAGAUGGUACGGCUACGAGAAGGACCACAACAUCCUGGUGAUGGACCUGCUGGGUCCGUCACUGGAGGACCUUUUCAACUUUUGCACUCGUCAGUUCACUAUCAAGACUGUUCUCAUGCUGGCAGAUCAAAUGCUGGGUCGCGUGGAGUUCAUCCAUUGCAAGUGCUUCAUCCAUCGUGACAUCAAGCCGGACAAUUUCCUGAUGGGCAUCGGGCGACACUGCAACAAGCUCUACAUGAUCGACUUCGGUCUCGCUAAGAAGUUCCGCGACCUGCGCACGCGCGCUCACAUCUCGUAUCGCGAGGACAAGAACCUUACUGGUACGGCGCGUUACGCGUCGAUCAAUGCCCACCUCGGGAUCGAGCAGUCGCGGCGCGACGACAUGGAGUCGCUCGGCUACGUACUUAUGUAUUUCAACAGAGGGUCGCUGCCAUGGCAAGGGCUGAAAGCCAUCACCAAAAAGCAAAAAUAUGAGCGCAUCAGUGAGAAAAAGAUGUCCACGCCAGUAGAGGUGCUCUGUAAGGGAUACCCGGCGGAGUUUGCGAUGUAUCUAAACUAUUGCCGCGGCCUUACCUUCGACGAGGCGCCCGACUACAUGUACCUCAGACAGUUGUUCCGCAUCCUGUUCCGUACGAUGAACUAUCAGUACGACUACACGUUCGACUGGACGAUCUUGCGGCAGCGCAAGCAGCAUAUGGAGGCGGGCGCGGCGCCGCCCGACCGCCGCUCGCCCUCCGUGCAGCGCCGCGCACAGCAGCCGCCGCCGCAGCCACCACCCAACAACGAGGUGAAGUCCGUGCAUGCAACGAACGAAUCCCCAGCGAACAAGCCCACGGUCAAACCUCACCAGUCAGUCGGCCAGAUCAAGAAAAAACUGACGGCUAUGUAACAUCGUCUAUACGAUCCAACUGGCUUCUGAUUACAUUACAUUUGCACUCCAAGACGAUUAAGACACAUUUAUCGACGGUUAGCUAUUGUUUAAGCGCAUUUAUGUAGGUAAGCAUUCACUGUUAAAAUGCUGAAGAAAUCGAAUGCCGUCCUAUACAUGAUGACAUAACGCCUUUCUGAAGCUUGCCGAAGUGUUUUUAAGACCCUAACAGCUUGCAGAAAUGUUGUAAAACAUGUUUGAGAAAGCAAAUGGUAUUGUAACCAUUAGUCAGUUCGAUAAAUCUAGACUUAGUAUUUGUACGGACUAUACCGCUGUUAGGACGGAAAUGCACCUUACGCUGCGUCACACGACCUACUUUAAAAUUUCUAGACAUUCUUAUAACAUCCGUCACUUUUCACUGUAUUUUGUAAGAGCCAUAAAUAAUAAAAUAAUCUGCCAUAUAGUAGUUAAUUCUCAAACGUUUGCUUGGCAAAGUCAAUUAUACCGAUAGGUACGGUUUAUUGUAUUCUUUAUAAAUAUGUCGGGUUUUAUACGUGACAAAAAAAAUAUAAAUGAAAUAUUGCUGAUUUUAUUAUU